CCUGUCACAUUCACACAAACACACAUACACAGGGCCAGAUCGGGCUCUGCCGCCUGCACAUCACCCUGAGCUGUUGCAGGAAUCUACAUCAUGGAAAUCAGCGAAUCACAAACUCAGCUGGACAGGCGGCAGGCCAUUGCGGAGAAGCGAAGGCGCCAAGUUGAGAUCGAAAAUAAGAGACGCCAACUAGAAGAUGACCGCAGACAGUUGCAGCAUCUCAAGUCCAAGGCUCUUCGAGAGCGCUGGCUUCUUGAGGGUGCACCAGCUUCCACCCCUGAGGAAGAUGAGACAAUGAGGAGACAAAUGCAGGAAGAUGAACUCAAGACUCGAGAGCUGGAAGACACCAUUCAGAGGUUGGAGGCAGAACUGGAGUUAUUGGAGAAUGGUUUGUCCACUACUUCAACCAAAGAGAGCCUGGUAGAGGAACAAGCACCCUCAGACAAUGAGAAUCAAGAAACAGCCAAGACCCACAAGACCUCAGUGAAUGCAAUCCGAGACCAGAAUGCAUCUUCUCCUGCUAAGAAAACAGACAGUCCAGACAUGAUGAGGGCAGCUAUGUACUCUGUGCAGAUAACAGUAGAGAAGGACAGAAUCACAGGGGAGACUAAGGUGCUCUCCAGCAACACUGUGCUCACCCAAGAGCACCCCCUGCAGGGGGUCAAGGUGUAUGAAGAUGACCAAAAAGUAGUCCAUGCGGUGAGAUCAGAGGCCAACGCUCCUGAUGAUAGUGUCCAUCAAUUAAGCUCCGUCGAGGUGGAAGAUAUGAUCCAUAAAGCAGGGGAGACAACCCUUAGUGAAAUCUCUCUAACGGAUGACAAUCCUUCCAUACAGAGAGCUUCUCCUAGAAAAGAGAUCCCUGGUGUGCAGGCACGACCACCUCAGACACCUACAGGCCCAGAACCACCAGUCACUAUGAUAUUCAUGGGCUACCAGAAUGUUGAGGAUGAGAAUGAGACCAAAAAGGUCCUGGGCCUUGAAGGGGCCAUCACAGCUGAACUAGUGGUCAUCAGUGAUGGAGACCCUCAACCUGCGGCUGAUGGGGACCUGCCAGAGAAGACCCAGCAUCCCCCUAACGGGGCCCCUGUAGAUCCUCCCGCCAAGAGUGAUAAGCAAGAGACCAAUGAUACAGCACCACCAAAGAGUGGGGAGCAGGAUCUUACCAUGAAGAAACAGAGGUGCAAAUGUUGCAGUGUAAUGUAAAUUCAAUGAUAAAUGGGGGUUGCUCUUCAUCCUCUAUCCUUUCCAGAGGUAUGAUGUUCUAUCACAAUGUAGCCCGGAAGGGGCUUUCUCCUUGAGAUGGUUCUCUUCAUAGCCACUGCCUCAUUGGAGAGAGUACUCUCUUAAACCCGUGAAGAACUCCUGUCUGCCACAUAUAUCCUUAUUUCCAAAACAUAGGAGUUCCUACUUUAACCCCAAAUAACCUGGGAGAUAACUGAGCCCUGCCCACUUGACUUAAACAAGAUAAUAUAAUCCCGUUAUGUCUCAAAAAAAGUGGGAUUCCUUCCCCCAAACUGAAAUAACAAUAUUAAACACGGGAGAGAUGACUCCAUAUAAAUUAAAGGUCCCCAGCCAAUCUUCUUAUACUGGCAGAAAUAUUCAAACAUCCUCUUGUGUGCUUCCCAUCUUCCAAAAUUUCCAUCCCCCUCCAUGGAGAAUCUGCAGUAUUCUCUAUAAUAUUAAAGAAGAUACUGCCAUUUUAUGAAACAUAAAGGUCUUAGACACCUUUCAAUAUCCCUUAAUGGCUUAUGUCAUGCUAUCCAGUUUUAUAUUGUGUAACUGUAGGCUUUGGGUAAAUUGAAGGAACUUAGGUAUUUUUGAACUCUUGACUGCAAGAAGGAAAAUGAAAUUAUAAAAUGUCAAAAAAUGUUCUUGGAAAAUAGAGAUCAUGUGGUGUCAUCAAAUGUUGGACUAUAAAAGCGGAUGGUCUGAUGGCUACUGCUGGUGUGUCCGGUUUCACACACCAGUGCAUGUGCAGUCUGCAUUAACCUAUAUUAGUUUCCUGUUGUGUGUGGGGAGGGAUUAACAUGGUAUUCCGCAUGCUGGAAAGUAUUGGUCAGUGGGAUUUCAAUACACACAUAUUUCAACUGGACUAUUGCAGGAUGUUGUCUUUAACAAGUGUUUCUCUUAACAAGAUGAUUUGGAAGGGGGAUUUGUACAUGUAGCUUAUAAUUUCCCCUUUCAAUGAUGGAAAGGUUUGUGAUGCUUUGAAAAGCUUUGCUAUGAUAUGCAUGGAGAAUUGUUGCAGGUUCUUCUGGAGUUAUCUUGACCCCCUAUAUGUGUGACCCUCAUUCGUUUAGUAUGUCCCCUGCUCAUAUGAAUUGCCAUGGACUUCAUUCUGGGAGUUCUAGAGGCAGUGGGGCCAGGCUGGACAUUCACAUUGGUGCCUCUGGACUUCCUGCCGUGCCUGAUAUUGAACCUCACCCGUACUCCUUGCUCCUGUUGCCCAUAUUUCAUUUCAUUGUAAAAAUAUCUCAGUAAGUCAAUAAACUGUGUUAUAUAAUCUCCUAA